UCUACAUAAUUGUAAAUAAUGAAUUCUUAAGUAAUAUAUAAUCUAUAAAUAAGACAUUGGAAAAUUCACCGCGGGUGUUAAAAUUUAACAUUCACGCGAAGCUGGGGCGAGUAGCUUGUACCUAACUUAUAAAGAUGAAAACCUAUUGUAUAUUUCGGUUUCUGGUUUCGGUACUAAGUAUUAGUUCUUGAGAAGCAAGUUGAGGUAGCUGUCCUCAGAGUGAGUUGUAGGCGACAGCCCUGCGCGCGGAGGCUGCGGCGCCAGAGUGUCGCGGCCACUUGUUGCGCCGUCGCGCCGUCAUCCGCGCCACACAGCGCCGCGCGGACACUACGCACUCGGCGACACGGUGCCGUGCGAGGCGGCGCGCGGUGCUCGUCCGCCCUGGGGGAGUGAGCUGCGGGAGCCGGCGGACAACAUGUGAGCUCACUGCCCGCCGGGUACCAGGCGCCCAGCGCCCAGCACUAGCACCAGCAGCCUACAGUGGUGAGUGCAGGGGGGGCCCGAGAUGGGGGUCCCGGGCGCCGGCGGCACGGGCCCCAACGGCGCGCGGCGGCCCAGUCACGUCGCGUACUACGUGGCGCUCGUCGGCAUACUGUCGCUGCUCAUCAUGCUGUGUCUCUACUUCUUCUACUUCUUCAUCAAGAAGGUCAAAGAGCUGAGCUCGUCGGAGAGCGUGUCGCUGCCGACGACGUCGUGCCGCCCCCCGGCCGCGGCCGCCGCCUACCCCGUGGCGCCAGUGGUGCGGGACAGCGCGAGCGCGAUGGCGAAGCUGUGCAAGCAGGUGCCGGGCGCGGCGGGCAAGGGCGGCACCGUGUUCCCCACGUCCAGCUCGCCGGCCGCGCUGCGCGCCAGCACGGGCGAGCCCGACCGCGGCCUCGCGCCCGCCGACCUGGGCGCCGACCUGGCGGCCGAGCCGGCGGCCGACCCGCGCCCUGACAAGACGCUGGCGGCGCCCGCGCUGCCGGCGGCGGGCCCCGAGCUGGCCGCGCAGUAGCGCGCCGAAGGCUGUGUACUGCAUGCUGUACGCCAGAAGGCAGCACUGCCCGGACCAGAGACUCGAGUCUACCUCACAAAUAUAUAUUUUAUACCGCGCUGUUACUGUACCAAAUGUUUACGAAUUACUACUACCUACUUAUUCCCGCGUUUUGAUAUUAUUCGACAUCUCGUGCCGUAGCUCUUGUACUUUUUAUAUAAGUAGUGUAAGUUUGGUAUCGAAGUAUAUUGUUGCUCAAUGGCUGGCGCCGUCCACUGCCCGCACGUGUGUUGUUGGAACAUGUACAGCUUUGUUAUACGUAUUUGUCUAUAAUAUACCGAGUAUAUUGAAAUUACAGAAGUCUAUAAUGGCGAUGAACAAAUUCAAUAUUUUAACAUUUUGUAAAGUCCCAACAUUUGUAAGUACGACUCGCAUACACUGCGGGUGAAAUGACCUAUAUGUAAAUAACAUUAUAAUUUUGAUACAACCAAUAAUAUUACUAGAGACAUUAUACAACUCGUAAUUAAGUUUUACCUUUACAACAAUAGAUGGCGAUCGUGUUUUAAUGUAACACGGGUCGCUGUAUACGUACUGCUGCAGGCAGUGUGUGUGUGUGUGUGUGUACUGGUGCUGUGUGUGUAUCGCUUCCAGUUCGAGCUUGGUGUCUGUAUCCUUUGUACUAACUUCAAUAAAUACAUACAACUGCA